UUUGGAUCUGUGUUGCAUCAGGUUGGAGCGAGUUCGAGCCCCUUGCUAGUCCAUUUUACUAGUUAAAACGUGGAUCUGAAGUUGCAAGACUUUAUUCUUGUGAAAUGGAGGACGCUACACCAGUCAAAAAAUAUCCUUUAAGAAGGACCAGUGGAAGACUUCUCAGCAAGGUGUCAGAACAACUGACAAGUCCUGAGGCUUCUACAAAGCUCAGGAAAAAGUUGAAUGUUAAUGAUGACCAGAGUAGUAGUCCCUGUACUGCUGGUUUGCGAGAGCAUCAAGGAAUCGCGGCAAAUGAGACCCCGGUGAGAGGGAAAAGAAGAAACUGUUCAUCUCAUUCCAAACAAUUAGUUUCACCACUCAGUAAAGGUACAGAUGAGAAAAAAGGUGUUCCAUGUUCAAAUAAGCCUGGUGAAAGGCCGAAGAAAUUAACACCAGUCUCGACAAUUGUAAUUUUUCCAAAAGAUAGCGUGCAUCCUCAUGACAUAACUAUACUGAAUAGGGCUAAGACAGAUGAAGAUAAAAAUCGUGGCAAAUCAUCAGUAAAGUUUCAAAUGGUUGAAGCUUCUGGUCAGGUAACUCCGUGGUCCAGCAAGAUGCAAACAAGAAAAAUAGGACAAAGUAAAGAGGAGUUUAAUGGAAGCCCCAGUAUGAACAGGGUGAAAAGGAAAUUGGAAGAUGAUGAGAAAGUGGGGAACAUUGAUGAUGAAGUGAGUGAAGGAGGUGGAAACAGUAAAAGAAAGAAGUCGAUGGAGGAGGAGAAUACUUUACAAGAGGACGUUAUUCCAGAGGAGGUGAAACAAAGCUGGGCAGAACAAAUCUCUUCUACUGAAUUUGCUCAGUGUGGAAAAUGCUCACAGAGAAGGAAAUCAAUAUCUUAUAUCACAAAGCAUUAUCUGUCUUGUAAAGUUGGUGGCACAGGCGGUACACCGAGUGGGAAGACUCGGAGAGGCACGCAACGCCGAUGCAGCACACAAGGGAUUGUGAAGAGAAACUUGAGCGAAAAUGAUAAAAGUGAUAAAGAUGAAUCUACUGAAUGCAACUUUGAGGAGAAGAGAAAGUUAUGGACGGAUAAGAUAGCUGAAAAUGGUUUUGUCAAUUGUGAUUUAUGUAAUCAGAGACAUUCAAGAGUUUUUAGAAUGGAAACUCAUUAUCUAGAAUGUCUGAAACAACAGGAGAAGAAAACUCAGAAGAUGAAAAAAGAUAAAGAAGAUCCAAAAAACACUGACGAUGAAUUGAAGGACACUGAUGACGCUACUGAUGACUAUAUGACAAAUGCAAAGAAAGUCUGGGCAUCACAGAUCGCAAGUGAUGGGUUUGCAAAAUGUGCAAGAUGCUGUCAGCGAAGGAACCAUAUAUCUAGUAUGGAGAAACACCACAAAGAUUGUUUAGCAAAAACGCCUGCAGAAGUAGACUAUUUUUGUCCACAUUGUCAGAGGCAUUUCCAGUCCAGUGCUGGUCUUAAAUAUCAUAUGAUGGCAACUCAUAACGAUUUGAUGAGUCCUGGUGCAGGCAGUGAAAGCAGUGAAGCUGAUGAAGGAAAUGAAAAUCUGGUAUUACGAGCAAUAUUGCGAAAAGUUGGAAAGAUAAGAUGCCAGGUUGAGGAUUGUAACAGAUCUUUCAGCACCUUUGCUGGUUUUGUGUAUCAUAGGCAGAGAUGUGGUGUAAAGAACCCAAAGAAAUACAUUUGUGAUAAAUGUCAAAAAGAAUACCAGAGUCAGCCAGGACUGAAGGCUCAUAUGCUCGCUAUACAUCCACCGACACCACCACCUGAAGAUGUAACAAAGCUGAAUGACAAGAAUGAGUCGGAAGAAGCUGCAUCACAGGAGCUUACAGCCACUGGCAGAGUUCGUAGACGAGCAGCAGUCAAGGCUGUUGAUAAAGUACAGCAGCUGGUUAAAAAUGGAACUGUUCUGGAUAGUCUGGACAAGACCAGCUUUGAGGAAAUGGUUAUUGACUGGAGCAAGCCAUUGUAUCAUAAGCCAGUGAGACCUCUGGUAAGCUCUGAAAUGAUGGUCCAAUGGAAGGAGACGAUAAAGAAAAAAGGCAGAGUGAGCUGUCCAUAUGCUGGUUGUGACGCUACUUAUACUCAGGCUCCAUCACUGAAAGGCCACUAUAAAAUAUGCAGCAAGAGUGGACUUGUUUUAGAAGAUUACAAAUGUUCCAUGUGUGAUAAGGGCUAUCAACUGAAUACGCAGUGA